CAGUUGACAUCUCCAAAGAAAAUGACAAAUUACAAUGUUUUUGAUGAACUUCAAACAACUUCUAUGUAACAACUAAUCAAAUUACUUAGGCAUAGCUGCACUCUCAAACUCUACUUUGAGCAACAACAAAAAAAAAAACUUAAACAAGCCAUGGCUGAAUCGAUUUUAUUUACUGUGGUUGCUGAGAUCAUUACAAAGUUGGGUUCUCUACCGUUUCAAGAAAUCACCCUGUGGGGCGGUCUCAAAGACGAGCUUGAAAAAUUCAGUGCAACAGUUUCAACAAUCCAAGCUGUGCUUCUUGAUGCUGAAGAGCAAUACUCAAAGAGUAAUCAGGUCAGGGUUUGGGUUGAUUCAUUGAAGGAAGUUUUUUAUGAUGCUGAGGAUUUGUUGGAUGAAUUCUCUACAGAAAUCUUACAGAUUCAGACCAUGUCUGGUAAUAAAAUGGCCAAGGAGGUACGACGUUUCUUUUCUAGUUCUAAUCAGUUUGCUUUUGGUCUUAAAAUGAGUCAUAAAAUUAAGGCUGUUAGGGAUAAGCUUGAUGGGAUUGUAGCUAAUAGGAGAUUUCAUUUAGAGGAACGUAGAGUUGAGAUUAUUCCUGUGAUGAUGUCUAGGGAGAGAGAGCAGACUCACUCUUCUCCACCUGAGAUAAUUGUAGGGAGAGAGGACGAUAAAAAGGCGAUAAUCGAGUUGUUGAUGGAGUGUAAUGAUGAGGAGAAUGUUGUAGUUGUUCCGAUUGUUGGUAUCGGUGGACUAGGAAAGACGACGUUGGCUCAGCUUGUGUAUAAUGAUGAGAGAGUUAAGUCCCAUUUCGAGUUUAGAAGUUGGGUUUGUGUUUCGGAUGAGUUUGAUGUGAAACUAAUCGUUCAAAAGCUUUUAGAGUCGAUUACCGGGGAGAGAUGUUUUAGUUUUGAGAUGGAUACUUUGAAGAAUCGACUUCAUGAAAUUAUUAAUGGGAAAAGAUAUUUGCUUGUGUUGGAUGAUAUAUGGUGUGAUAAUUUUGAGAGAUGGUCUCGUUUGAGGGAUUUGCUGGUUGGUGGUGCGAGGGGGAGCAGAGUGAUCGUAACUAGUCGGAUUAAGAAGGUGGCUGAGAUAGUUAGCACGAAUCAGCCGUAUGAAUUAGGAGGCCUUUCAGAAAUGGAGUCAUGGUCUUUGUUUAAAUUGAUGGCAUUUAAACAAGGUAAAGUGCCAAAUCCGAGUUAUGAGGCCAUUGGAAAGGAGAUUGUAGGUAAAUAUGUUGGUGUUCCCCUGGCGAUUAGAACGAUAGGACGCUUAUUGUACUUUAAGAAUGUUUCAGAGUGGUUGUCCUUCAAAAAUAAAGAGCUUAUGAGUGUAGAUCAAAAUGAUAAUGACAUUUUAUCCACUUUGAAGUUGAGCUAUGAUCAUCUCCCCCCACGAUUAAAAAGUUGUUUUGCCUAUUGUAGAAUAUUUCCGAAAGGUUCUAGGAUUAAUGUCAAGAAAUUGAUUCAUCUCUGGAUGGCGCAAGGAUAUAUCAAGUCGUCAGAUCCAAGCCAAUGUCUUGAAGAUGUGGGAUUUGAGUAUUUCAAUGAUCUUCUUUGGAGGUCAUUUUUUCAAGAAGUAGAAAAAGAUCAUUUUGGAAAUAUUACCAUUUGUAGAAUACAUGAUCUUUUGCAUGAUCUCUGUGUUUCGGUGGUUGGGUCAAUAAAUGAUUAUUCAUCUUCAAAUGUCAAACACGUCAGCAAUAGAACACGACAUGCAUCGGUUGAUUAUCAUCGGGAAAUUAUGGUUUCUUCUUUGCUAGAUAUGAGGAAGAUGCGGACAUUUUUCUUGUCAAAUGAGUCGAGGCAUAAUAGAGAUGCAAACCGUUACCGUGAAAUUUUCUCCAAUUUAAGUAGUGUAAGGGCAUUGGAUGCACAUAAUUCAGGAAUUUUAACAGUUCCUCGUUCCAUUGAGAAGUUGAAGCAUAUAAGAUUUCUUGAUCUUUCUUAUAAUACAAAAAUUGAGACGCUUCCUGAUUCCAUAACUAAACUUCAAAAUCUGCAAGUGCUCAAGUUAGCAGGGUUGAAAAGACUGAAGCAGCUUCCCAAGGACAUUAAAAAGCUGGUGGAUCUGAUGCAUCUCGACCUUUGGAAAUGUGACGGUUUGACUCAUAUGCCACCUGGUCUGGGUCAAUUGACUUCCCUUCGCAACUUGUCUCGAUUCUUAGUGGCUAAAGAUGACGGUGUUUCCAAGCAUGCCAGUGGACUUGGCGAGUUACGUGACUUGAACAAUUUGAGAGGACUUCUAGAAAUCAUGAACUUGAAGAAUGUGAAAAAUCCAGCAUCUGAAUUCAGGGCAGCAAAUCUGAAAGAGAAGCAGCAUCUUCAAACCUUGAGAUUAGCAUGGAAAGCAGCUGGUGAUGAUGACAAUGCUGAAAGUAAUUCGACUGACGACACAUCAUUGGAAGAGCUAGAGCCACAUCAAAAUCUACAAUGGUUAGAUGUUCGUGGGUGGGGAAAAUUGAAGUUCCCAAGCUGGGUUGCAUCACUCACCAGCUUAGUGGUACUUCGAAUCGAUAAUUGCAUAAAAUGUCAACAUCUCCCGCCAUUCGAUCAGUUCCCUUCUCUAACACAUUUGACACUUGAUGAAAUGACCGAUUUGAAGUACAUCGAAAGUGGUAUGACAUCUUAUCCUCCAGAGUCAGGGUUGGCACGAUUCUUCCCUUCCCUGGAGAAAUUAUGGCUCAGGAAUUGUCCGAAUCUAAAGGGAUGGUGUAGGAUGAACGCAUCAACGCCCGAGUUAUUCCAGUUUCAUUGUCUUGCUUAUUUGGAGAUCAAGUCUUGUCCCAAUCUGACAUCAAUGCCGCUGAUUCCAACUGUGGAGAAGUUGGUGCUGAAAAAUAUGAGCAUCAAGUCAGUGGAAGACAUACUGAAGCUGAAAACUUUGCUGCCACAAUCUUCUUCUUCGGAGUCUCCAUCUCUAUUACAACUGAAAGAAUUAAGUAUUCAAAAAAUUAAGGAUUUAGACUUGAUGCCGGAGGAGUUACUGAGAAAGCUCACUUCCUUACAACAACUAGAUAUCAUAGAUUGCCCACGAAUCACAACUUUAUCUCAUGGUAUGCAACACUUGACCUCACUCGAGGUUCUUAUCGUCCGAGAUUGUGAGAAGCUAGAUUUAUCAUCAGCUGACCAACUGCAGCCUCUCAAAAACCUCAGAAAACUUCGCAUCGUGAAUCUGGCGAAAUUGGUAUCUCUUCCAGAGGCACUUCAACAUGUUACCGCUUUGCAACAACUCGAAAUCAGAAGCUGUCCGGUAUUGAAGACGUUACCAGAGUGGAUGGUUGAGUUAACUAGAUUGCAACAGUUGGAGAUUAAUGAAUGUGCUAUGCUUUCAAAAAGAUGCAGCAACAACAAGGGAGAGGAUUGGAAUAACAUUGCUCAUAUCCCUAAUAUCAACGUUGACGGACGGCAUAUUAAAUUGAAGGGCUACUAUGAACUGUAACUAUUUCUCUAUAUCAGGCAUUCCAAGUAUUGCUACCAUGGGGGAUCUCAUUCAAGUGUUGGACGAUUCUAUUUGCUCGAUGAACUCCGGUCUCAUCUCCAUUUCCGUUCUGCCUUGGUUUAAGUUCAUUCGCCUUUGAAGCGACAACUUUCAGGCUUUCUUGCUGGACAAGAUAGCCAUUUGUUGGAUUUUCAUUGUCAUCCAUGAUUUCUUUAUCGUCAUUCUGAUAAAUUGUCCGAAAAAAUUGAAGAAUUGCUGUGUCAUCAGUAAAACGUCGUAGUUAAUUAAUAACCUCAAUAAUGUUCUUCCUCGGGGACUUUUUUGUUACAUGUAUGCUCCGCGGAAAAGGAACGAAAUUCAAUGGUCUAAAUCUGCGACUUCUGUGUCUGGAACUGUGGGAAAUUUCUAGCAUUGACUUAAAUCAGUGUAUGUUUCUUUAAAUAAUGCUCAAAUUUCAUUUUCUAUA